UAGUCAUCCUGAAGCAUUCACACGUGUCAUCCAUUAAACCACAUUUCAUGCUUCUUCGGGUUCUUCCUGAUCACCUAAAUUUAAAAACCUUCUCGAUAUUUUUUGGUUUGUCCUCUUCUCUCAUUUUCUAAUCUUAAACAAAAUCUUUGUGUCCAAUUUGAUCAAACAAACUCAGAGAAAUAAAAAAAAUUCCUCUUGCCGGCGAUCAUCUUUCCGAUUUUGUAACUCGUCGAGUUUCAGACAUGGCGGCCGCGAGGCUCGUGGCAUUGUUUCUACUUUUCGCCUUGGUUUUCACCACCGGUGUCUUCUCCGAUGCCGGAUUCGACGGCGGUGAUGACCCGACACUCGCCGGAUUCGUCGGCGGUGUGGAUUCCGCUUCUAAGAUCAAAUUGGAUGAGCUAAAUGCUAAAAUCCGUCUCCUAGAAUCCCAAAUCGAUGACAAAACCAGAGAACUUAAGGGGAGAGAGGUGUUAGUGGCAGAGAAGGAGAAGCUUCUUCAAGAGAAACAAGAUAAGGUUUCCUCCUUGGAGACUGAGGUUUCAUCACUGAGAAAAAAAGGUUCGUCAGAUUCUGUGGAACAGUUGGGAAUCGCUCAUGCACGAGCUGCUGAAUUAGAGAAGCAGGUUGAUGUUCUUAAAAACUUUCUGGAGCAAAAGAACAGGGAGAAACAAUCCACAGAAGCUCGAGCUAGUGAAGCCGAGAAGAAACUUAACGAAUUGAACUCGAGGCUGGAGAAACUUCACAAGACAAAAGACGAGCAGAAGAACAAAAUACGAAAACUUGAGCGUGCUCUUAAAAUUUCUGAGGAAGAAAUGUUGCGGAUGAGGCAUGAGGCAGCCACAAAGGCUAAUGAACUACUGGAGGUUCAUGGCUCGUGGCUUCCCCCUUGGCUAGCUGUACACUGGAUGAGUCUUCAGACUACUGCAGGGACACAUUGGGAUGCCCAUGGGAAACCGGUUAUGGAAAAAGUAACUCAAAAGGUGAAGAAAGCCAAGACUCAAGCUGAAAAGUGGGCUGAACCGCACAUGGUUAAUGUUAAAACUAAACAUAUUCCAGCCAUGAAAGAGAGUUUCAAAACUCAUGUUGAGCCACACGUGCAAACACUAUCUACCAAAGCGAAAGAGGCUUACCAUGCUUCUAAGAGUGCUGUUACUCCACAUUUUGUCAAGUUUCAAGAACAUGUAGAUCCCUAUUACCAGGAAGCUAAAAAGUUUAGCAAGCCAUACGUUGAUCAAGUGGCCACGGCCACAAAACCACAUGUUGAUAAGGCGAGAGCUAUCAUUAAGCCUUACACAAAGAAGGCUAUUCACUACUACAAAGAGUUUCUAAAAUCUGCCACAACGUAUCACCAUCAGCUUCAAAAAAAUGUCGAAAGAAAAUUGAAGGACCAUGAGCUGUUGGAACCUUUUGCCACCAAAGAGUUCAUUUGGUUUACAGUAUGCCUCUGCUUUGUUGGCGUUACCUGUCUACAUACUGUACAAAUUCCUCUGUUCACUAUUCGGGCAACACAAAGACAAAGAAGCCUACCCGACACUCUCACCAUCAGGGUCGUCGUAGGGCCAAACGGGGUCAUUCCGACAAGUGAAGUAACACGAUUUGUGCUAUUUUCUCUCUGAAAAUAUUAGUGGCAACGACGGGUUUUGAUGCGGUCUCUUUGUGCCUUAGCAACAGGUAUAUGUUGUGUAAACAGCCCAAAGGUAUCAAAGGUUUUUUUUUUUAAUGUUUUUUUUUGUUGAAGCUCCCUGUGCAAAAGUGUUUCUUCACUCUCUUUUUCGAGAUGCCUUUUGGAUAAAGUUUUCUGUCUUUUUAUACAGAGAAGAUUAGACAUAUCUUUAGAAGAAAUGUAGUAAAAGGCUUUGGUUUGUGUAUUUUGUGAUUCAUGUGGAUAGAUUUGGGACUUUGCUCUACUACUAUUUAAAAGCUAUUUAGUAUUACUCAUCUUAUCCUUUAAACCGAUUCUACUAAAUAUUUGGGUCUCAAAUGUUUAUCGAACUCAAUUUUAAGCAUUUUAAACGUAGUUGUCAAA